AUGGGAGCUAGCAUAAAUUUGACGUCAUUAGGCAUCUAUGAGAAGUUGGGUUUGGGAAUGCCAAAACCUACAACAAUAAGAUUGAUGAUAGCUGACAGGUCAGUUAAGAGAUUAGUCGGAAUUUUGUGUGAUGUUUUGGUUAAGGUGUAUACAAUUAUCUUCCCAGCAGAUUUUGUUAUCUUGGAUUGUGAAGUAGACUUUGAAGUUCCUAUAAUUCUUGGAAGACCAUUUUUAGCUACCAGAAGAGCUUUGGUUGAUGUUGAGCCAGAAAAGAUGAUAGUUGUUGAAACAUUAUCUGCUGUGCUGAUUAACUUUGAUGCGGAUUUCCAAUUUGAUUAUGGAGAAACUGUAAAUGAUUUAGAGGGUAUGGGAGCACAUUAUUAUGCUCCCAAGAAAAUAGAUCUGGAUUUAAAAAGCCAACAAAAUUCUCCAGCCAAAUCCUCCAGCGAGGAACAACCAGUUUUAUAG